AUGCGCGAGCUCCUCGCCUCUAGGAGGGUUGGUUGGGGCGUCCAGUAUCUGGUGGACUGGGAGGGCUACGGCCCUGCUGAUCGUCAGUGGGCGCCGGGGCGCCACGUCCUCGAUCCGGAUCUGAUCGCCCGUUUCCACCAAGACCACCCUGAUCAGCCUCGUCUGAGUCCGUCUGGGAGCCGGACUUUAGACCUCCACACCCCAUGCAGGGGGUCCACUGCCCUCUUGAACCACUGCACCCCCCUCACCCCCACCAGUCAUCUCAUCUGUCCAGGUAAACAAAGCCCUGUGGAGGAUCGGCCCCCGCAAGGUGCCAGGACCAGAAAACAUUCCAACGAGCAGACAGACGUCCUCACCUCCAUAAUCAACCUCUCCCUCAGCCAGAGAACGGUCCCAUCCUGCUUCAAGAUCACUACCAUUGUUCCACUCCCUAAGAAGAGCCCUCCCACCCACCUGAAUGACUACAGACCCCAAUCGCUAUGUCUGACUGGCAAGCCUCAGUCAAACAUUGGCACACCUCAGGGCUGCAUCCUCAGUCCCAUCCUCUACACCCUGUUCACCCACGACUGUGUGGCCUCUCACAGGGACAACGUCCUCCUGAAGUUUGCUGACGAGACCGCCAUAAUAGGACGCAUCACUGGCGAGGUCAAAGCAGCCUACAGAAGGGAGGUGGCCAGUCUGGUGACAUGGUGUGAGGACAACAACUUCACCCUCAACACAGACCAGACAAAGGAGAUGAUAGCAGAGCAAGGAGAGGAACCCUCACCAGCCGCUGCUUAUCUGGUGUGUGGAAGUGGAGAAGGUUAUCCGUACUUCUUCCGUGGUUUUAUCAUGAGAAAACUGAGGAAGCGAGAAGUCAGAGUGAAAGACCAAGAAGAGGGAAAAGUGAGAGCCGUUGUCAGUGACGCUACGUUUGGCCUGCUGCUCGGCGUGUUUCUUGUUUGUGGCCUGGCUGUGCUGGGUCUCCUUAUCUUCGUCACCUGGAAGCUGUGCUGGCUACCUCGGCAGACGAAGGCUCACCUCCCGGCUCCGUCUCUCAGUCCGGCCUGUGGCCCGCACCACUCCCCGAUCCAGCAGUCGCCGGCGCUGCCGCUUCCUCCUCUGUUGUCCGGUCCCCAGCAACCAGUGGUCACCAUGGCGACGGAGAAGUUGAAGGACCCCAUGGGUUCGAUGGGCUUCCUGGAGGCAGCGGUGAAGAUAAGCCGCACUUCACCUGACAUCCCCACCGACGUGCAGCUCUCCAUGAGGGAGCACUUCCUGCGCCGCACGCAGCGCAUGCAGAGGCAAACCACCGAGCCGGCCUCCUCCACUCGACACAGCUCGUUUAAGAGGCACCUGCCCCGGCAGAUGCAGGUUUGCAGCCUGGACCUCGGAAACGACUACAUGGUGGACAAGGAUGAAAAGCAGACCAGCAUCGGCCGCAUCCAGCCAGAGCUCUACCAACAGAAAGCCUUGGAGUCCGAGGAGUCGUCCAAAAAUGGCAGCAGCAAAAACUGCGGCCGGAUAAACUUCUCCCUCAAGUACGAUUACGAAAGUGAAGCUCUCCUCGUCAACAUCCUCAAGGCAGUGGACCUGCCUGCCAAGGACUUGUGUGGCACCUCUGACCCUUAUGUCAAAGUCUACCUGCUGCCGGACCGCAAGAAGUUCCAAACCCGCGUCCACAGGAAGACGCUCAACCCGACGUUCGACGAGACCUUCCAGUUUCCUGUGCCUUACGAAGAGCUGGCCAUCAGGAAGCUGCACAUGAGCGUCUUUGACUUUGACAGAUUUUCUCGGCACGAUAUGAUCGGCGAGGUGGUUCUGGAGAAUCUGUUCGAGACAUCAGAUCUGUCUCGGGAGACAAACAUAUGGAGGGACAUCCAAUAUGCAACCAGCGAGAGCGUCGACCUCGGGGAGAUCAUGUUCUCGCUUUGCUACCUGCCCACCGCCGGCAGACUCACACUGACCGUCAUCAAGUGCAGGAACCUGAAGGCCAUGGACAUCACCGGAUAUUCAGACCCCUAUGUCAAAGUUUCUCUGAUCUGUGAUGGGAGGCGUUUGAAAAAGAAGAAGACGAGCAUUAAAAAGAACACUCUGAACCCCACCUACAAUGAGGCCAUCAUCUUCGACAUCCCUCCGGACAGCAUGGACCACGUCAGCCUGCACAUCUCUGUCAUGGACUAUGAUUUGGUAGGUCACAAUGAGAUCAUCGGUGUGAUGCGGGUCGGAUGCCAAGCCGAAGGACUCGGCAGGGACCACUGGAAUGAAAUGCUAGCGUAUCCACGGAAGCCCAUUGCCCAUUGGCAUCCCCUAGUGGAGUCCAAGAAAUCUGAGAAGGAGUGGAAGGCGAGAACAGCCAGCUUCGACAGCCAGGGCUCCUGCCCCUCACCUCGGCCCCCUGCUAGUCCCUGAGCAGAGCCACCUGUGAUCCAGCAGCCCGGUGGGGAGCCGGCCCCCCGCCACCCCCAACACACACACCUCCUGCUGAUCCACAUCCUGUCUGUGUGACUGAGGAGAAACAUAAACCCUCUCUUUUCCCCUCUGUCUCUCUGAAAUGCCUCACUUCCUUAAAUCUAGUCCCAGAGCACCCCAGAGAACUGGUCCAGGACUCUUCUUUUGUUCUUUAAAAGCAAGGGAGUCGAAAUGAAAUAUGGACGUUGGGACGGCCCAAGUAUGCAGACAUUUUUUUUUUAAAUGAAUUUUCCAGCUUAAGAUAAAAGGAUUUUGUGUCAAAUCAGGAGGAAACGAGAUGGUUCAGCUUUAAACUAUUGGUUCCCUUUGAUUUAAAAAAAACAAACAAACUGUUCGAUUUAUGCCCAAAAUGCAGCAGAAGUUGAACCGAUGGCAGCUGAGGAAUCUGACCAGAAGGAAAAAAGGAAAGGCCCUAAAAAGCCAGAUCUUUCAGAAAACCGUUUGUUCCACAUGUGAUUUUUCAAUUUCCUGCAAUGACACUGAGUCAAAGGAUCUUUCAAAUGUUAGAUCAUGUAAAAUGAGGUCAGUUCAAUUACUUCAAAUGUUCAUCAUGAAAAAAUACUAUUUCACCAAGGAGAAAUCACCAUCGGUACAUUUUAAAUGUUUUCUCCACUCUCCAGUUUGUACUUGUAGCAUAUGAAGUAGCAAUUUUAAACAGCACAAGUGAAGCAUUUUGGGGCUUAUUCACAUGUAAAGAAUAAAAAACACUAAACUGACAUGAAAAUACAAAUGCAAAAAAAAAAAACUUCAAGAAAAGCGAGAAAAGAUUUUAUAAUACACACCCUUACCUCUCUUCCUGUUUGAAGAUCGUUUGACUUUUAUCCUUGUGUUCCAGAAUUACACAAAAAACGUUUCUUUUGAAAUGCAGUCUAUAUGAGCAUCUUUGUCUCCUAUUCUCUGUUUUUAUUUUAAACUUAUUAUUUUGAUUUGUUUAGAGUGCGUGUGAAUAGCUUUAUGUACAGGCAUUUGCUGUAUAUUUUUUCUUAAAGGUAAAAAAAAAUACAAAACUAAAUAGAUGGAAAUAUUUUGAAUUUAUGUAGCCUUGUUGGUGGUUCUGAUGAAGAUUAAUGUACACAGAGAUGGUGAAUAUAUCCCUGUUUUUACAGAUGCAACUUAUUUGGUGUCUAUUCUCUCUCUAUAUCUAUAUGAUUGGCUUUGUGUAAAUGUGAUGUGUCAUAGAAAUGUCCCUCAAUGUAUUUGAUCCACAAGCUUUGGUGAACAUUUUUUUUGUUGUUGUUUUUUUUUGUUUAGUGGACCCCAAAAAGUAAGGUUUAAGGUAGUUAAAAGAGGCACAGAGCUACAGUUAUGUCUUUAAUUGUUGUUCUAUGAUCGAUCAUUUGUUCUGGUUAAGAAGAAGCAAUGCAGUAAAUUACUGGUUAUUGAAACUAUUUUUCCCUUAGGUUGUCAGGAAAUGAAAUGUACACAUAAAGACACAAUCUUUGUGAAAUUAAAAUACAUAAAAUCUAUGUGAGGUUUUCAGAAGAGAACUUUUUCUCAUGAAUAACAUUAGUGAGGGUAUGUUCCAGUUUCAGCUCUGAAGCAGGCAGUUAACAGUAUUAUACGGCAAAGAUAGAAAAUGACUGCAGGGUAAUUAUAGUUCACAAUUCAAAAUGUCUAUGUUGCCAUCUUUUACCUUUACAUAAUGACCUGGUCAUACGUCAUCACAUCAAUUCUAUUGCAUUCUUACCGCAAUCAUGUGGUCUGGUUCAAACAAAGGUUUGCUUCCAACUUCCAACUGUCCGCGAUAACUGGGACGAACUUCUGAGUGGCGUUUAUACUUUUUAAGCCUGACGUGAUUGUCUCCAGCGUUUCAGUGGUUUGGUUUGUCAACAUGGACAACAUUGGACACAUUGAGGAAUGUACAUGAUGAUGCAGAGGAGGAAGUGAUAUGUUCAUCCACUAAAAAGAAGCAAGCAAAAAAGACACAAAUUCCAUUCUCUGGGUCAAGUGAUCCAUAUUUUACAAUAUAACCAACUGCACUUCAGUCACUUUUGUACGUUAAUUGAAAGGUUUGAUGAUCUUCGUCGUAGAGUACGACCACCUAUUACCCACUCACAGGAUGCCUGUUUCUCCAGGUGAACAACUUGCGCUGACAUUCUGAAUACUCACAAAUGGGAAUUCACAGCAGUGUUGCUGACAGUAAUCGUUUAGGAAAAACUGCUAUGAACAAAGGAUUCCAUGAAACGUGCAUUGCCAUCUGUGAAGCUUUAAAAGAUGAUUUUGUUUCAUUUCCAUGCAAAGAGCAGUGGCUCCAUCGCUCAUUCCAAUCGCUCGUAAUAAGUACGAGUUAAAUAAUGUGAUUUGCACACGAUUGUAAUGUUGGGGUAAAAUUGCGAUCACGAAAGAUGUCAUCAAUUUGUGUAACAUUUUGUAAAAUUGGGAUGAUUUCCUUCAAUGCGACCCAAAAAUAGUAAAAUCGCUAUGAAGUAUAAACCGGGCAUAACGGAAGACAUGGGUGUAGCUAAACUCUAUACUAGCAUUAAUAAUGCCAAACUAAUCCCAUUGGCUUUUUGCUAACCCUGCUAAAUUGUAAAUUAAUCUCCAUAAGAAUUACUGACAUUUAACUGGGAUAGCUUUCAAAUAAAAUCGUUUUUUAAUGACCAUUUCAUGCUGGCAUAUUUGCCACACAAGAUUUAGUGUUUCCACUUCUUCAGUAAGAAAAGUAGCUAUAGGCUAACAGAUAUUGCUAAAGGACGCUACAUGAUGCUAUCGCCUAACGAGCAUCUUAGAUCCAUUCAGGGAAUAACAGUGAAGACAGAGGAGUGACAAAAAGUGAAGAAUCACAUCUUAACUAUAUUUAGAACUACAAAUAAUUUUAAUUUUGGGCUCUUUCAUUUUUUGUACCAUUAAAAUUGGCCAUCAUUUCUCAAUUUUAAAUUAAAAAAUUAAUGUGUUAGCCUAUUUUGGUCGAGACCACGUGUCAUAUCCUAAUUACAUCAGGACUUGCAGCCUCCCCUCCAUCCAUUUUGAGCCAAAUUAUCCUACAGUCUUGUACGCUGUCAGAUCUAGUGGACCAAAUCUAUUCCAAGUUCUCCUUUAUGUAUGAUCAGGCUAUUACUCUCAUUCAUAUGUGAUGUGUGCAGAAGAAAAUUAUUUUAAAAUCCCACACUGUAAAUCUGGGUGAAAUUUCCUGCAACAUCGUUCGUGCAUUAUUUAUUCGGACUUUUAAUUUGGCGGGGUGUAGAUUUCCUCUCGCUGUGCUGCAGCUGCAGGGGUGGGGGAGCUUACUGACACAUUGACCGCUCCAGACGGUUGUGGGAUGGGUGGACAAAAAUGGUAGGUCAAUUGGCGCUAUUAAAAUUGUCUCUAGACUUUAAAACCUUAUGUAGUUACUUCCAUGAAGUUGUUUAUUGUGAGAUUGUAAUGAUUUUUUUUUUAAAUAUUUGUUUAUGCAGUAUUUUUUUUCUUGUGUAACUGAGGAUGUCACAUUUUUAGAUACUCCCUCACAGGGAACCUCGAUAAUACAUUGCCCUGUGACUUGCACACAAGAUCUGGUCUCAGCUUCUUGGAAGGUGCCAAUCCAGAUCUAACACUGUGCACUUGGGAUUGGCACAUUCAAACUUUGUAAACUGGCCCCAUGAGGUAGCAGAAAUUUACAGCUCCUGGGAGUCGUCACAUCUAAAGCUAAGCACACAUCGGGCAAUUGACAGGUGUUCAAGAAUGCACUAUGUCUAUAGAUAUAAAUUGCCACCAUGUUGGAUAAGUGGCAUUGGUUUAGUUUUUUAUUUUUUGAAAACUAAAUGUCAACAGGCUCAUUUUAGUGUCGGAGUUCACCAGAUAAACCAAAUCCUUUUCGUAACUACCAAAAUUGAGCCCCUGAUUGGUCAAAGUUCGACCUGGUUUAACCCGAAAACAGUUGUGAACUAGAUUAGAAAUGUGUGAAUGCAAGAGUUUUUAACGUGAAAGCUUGAAAUACACAUGUAAGUGCAUUUACAGAGACUUUUUAUUGGAAGUGGCCUGUUGAACGUGCCUUGCCAAGGGCGGUGUGUCCGUAACUUUAUAGAACCUCACAUGUUGCCGCAGUGUUGCUCUGCCGAUGAGUUAGCCAUACAAGAAGUUAAUUUGCCAAUUUGGAAAGCUCCUGGUCCGGCAGACUUGGUUUGAUGGAGGGAAAAUGCCCAAAAUCAUCUUCAUUGAUUUUGCUUUCACAGUGUACCCUCAGGAUUGGACCAAUUGAUCUGAACUGAUAAGCCCCUUCUCCUUUUCACAAAACCAAAUCAACCAACUGGAUGCUUGAAUAUUUCUUUUUCUGUUUCCAUAGUUUUUCUCUUUGUUCUGCUGAAAAGAUAAACCAGACUUUGUUUGUGUGUGUGCGUGUGUGUGUUUGUGUGUGUGUUUGUCUAUUUUUUUGAGCCAGACCAAAGUUCAAAGGAGUUUUCUCACAACUACGAAACAAAGUACCUUGAGAAAACACACUCUAAAGUGGAUAAAACAGUCCAGUGGAAGAAACAUUUUAAGUGUAAAAGCUUGUCAAAUGUUCCUUGAAGUAAAUCCCUAGUCUUUUAAAGUUAGAUAUUAUUCAGUAGUUGUAAAUGUUACUAAUGUUCCCACAAUAGUGUAAACAGAGGUACGCUAGCUUACAUUCACAGCUUACAUUUCACACUCGUGGUUGUGUUAACUAGUUAGAUUUCUCAAACUAGGUGACAAAAUAGCAUUCUGAGUUUCUUUUUUUGCAUGUACUUUAUUAAUGCACAGCUAGAAUGCAGUAGAUUGGCUUUGGCCGUAGGGACACUAUCCAUCUCACUUUGGUCUAUUCAACAAAAAAGGCUUUGACACUUGUAAAAAACUUCAGAGGAACAAAUCAGCUUCUGUUCUUCCCAAACCAGGCUGAUGGUUGAAUUAUUUUGCUUUAAAUUUUAAUUUUAAGAUAAAUAAAUACAAUUAAUGUACAUGAAAACCACACAAGAUAUAAAGCAGAAGUCCUGAAUUUUCAGGUGAUAUUUGGUCUAAGUUAGUGAAGUUAUUGGUACGUCGUGAAAUAAAUUUGAGCCAAACAUGAGGCCAUAAGUAAAUGGAUUCAGCACUUGCAGACACAUCUGUUUUAGCUGUUUCCUGUUGGAGAACCAUUUGAGAUGACAUGGUUGGAAUGGGGGAAGCUUCCAGGUUAGCGUCCACACAACAAAGGCAUUGGGACUACUAAAAGGGAAGAUGGUGGGUGUGUUAUUCAUGUGUCACAAGAUCCCGUCAUAGUAUCAAUGCGCCAAAGUUUGAUGAUGGAACCCUACAAACGAAUACCAUAGUUUAUUGUACGACAUUAACUGGAAGUAGUGAUUGAAAAAUGUUGUUUUUUUUUCCCUUACCAAUAACCUCGUAAUUUUUCCGAUGGUCCUACUUUUCUGACGUGGUGUGCUUCUAAUAGUAGACGGAACCUGUUUGAUCAAUUUCCUCCAUUUAUGGACUAUUCCUAAACCUUGUAGCUUUGUCUAAAAUGUUCAUGUUUGUUGAUAUAAAACUUGUAUUCUUCCCAGCUGUUACAAUAGCACUGAAUUUACAAUUUUUUUAUUCAACAUUUUGUAUUUGUAACAACAGAACUAUCGGAGAAAAGCAGGUUCAGACAACUGUUAUUAAACUGUAGGUUUUCUAUCAUUAUCCAGACAGUUUGAUUGGAGUAAUUUGUUGUUUUUAAGGUCACUUCAAUUGAAAAUUGUACUUCAAAUGUCCUUUGUUUCUCCAAGUCUUUGUAGUGACAUGAAAAAAAUGCCUGUUGUUUUUCCUGCCAUAGAACUUGUUCUGUAAUAAAGGUUUCUUUUCCUUUAUUAAACAACUUAUGCAAAAA